UUAAUAAUUAGUUCAAUAUUCUAUGAUAGUAAACAAAAAUUUGCGAUUCACAUUUGGAUUCGCAAAAAAUAAUUUUUUUGUCAUUACCUAUUUGAGUUAUUUAUUCUUAAUUGAUUAAAAGUCAAAAUAAUGGGCGACGAAGCAAAAAAUUCCUCAACUACUACAGAAGAUGCUCCUCAAUUUAAUCAAGAUGAGUUGAUAAUGGCUCAGCAAAGACAAAUAGAAAAAGAAAUUUCAGAGACUAUACCUUUAGUAGGUAAUUUAGAAAACAUCCUUUCAUUAGAACACGAGUAUUCACAUGAUGCUGUUUAUCAAGAAAAAAUAAGAAAUUUGUCUCUUAAAUAUGGAAACAUCAGAAGAACUAGGCCUGAUGGCAACUGUUUCUUUAGGGCUUUCAGUUUUGCUUAUAUUGAAAAACUAUUAGAUAAUAAAGAAGAAUUUGACUCCUUUUACAAACGAGCUGAAAAAAGCAAAGAUGUUCUGGUUGAGCUUGGUUUCCAACAAUUUACAGUUGAAGAUUUUUAUGACACUUAUAUGGACGUUUUACGGAGAGUACGAGAAAUAGAAAAUCUGGAUGAAGCUAAAGUAGAGCUAUUGAAUCUAUUCAAUGAUCAAGGAUAUUCAGAUUAUAUGGUAGUUUAUUUACGAUUGCUUACAAGUGGUCAGUUGCAAAAGGAAAAAGACUUUUAUAGCUGUUUCAUUGAAGGUCACAGAACAGUAGAGGAUUUCUGCCAUCAAGAAGUUGAACCUAUGUAUAAAGAAAGUGAUCAUAUCCACAUCAUAGCAGCUUGUGCUGCUUUAGAAACUGGUGUACGCGUUGUUUAUAUGGAUAGAGGUGUUGGAAAAGCCGUUACAGAACAUGACCUUCCCGAAGGUUGUGUUCCAUUUGUUCAUCUUCUGUAUCGUCCAGGACAUUAUGAUAUUUUGUAUCCUGUUUAAAUCAAUUUUUGUUAUCUUAAAAUGUUUGCAAUAAAAAAUUUUCAAAUCCUA